UUUACAAAACCGUAAACUCCCCAUUUCUCUCCUUCACGUCUGCCCAACUUCCUUGCAGUUUCAUAACUACUCUCGGAAGAAAAAUAAAAAACCAAAUUCAUUGUCUCCUCCUUUUGUAAAUCUUCGCUGUCAUCUUCAUCAUCGUCAAUUGAUAAUCAACAAUUUUAGAUUUUAAUAGAGUAAACAGUAAAUCAGAAGUUUUAAAUGGGAAAGAAAAAGCCUAGAAAAAAUGCGAAAGAAACCGAGUGCGAUUCAGAAGAAGCAGAAACAACGAAUCGAGUAACAAAUGCAAGGAUAGGAAGUAGCAAAGAAAUUGAAUGUGAUUCAGAUCAAGAUCAAACUGAGAAUCAAGUAAAAAAAUCAAGAAAAGGAGCAGUAAAUCAGAAGAAAUCGGAUGAAUGUGAUGAAGAAGAAGUAUCAUCUGGAAAUAGGCCGUAUAGAGCAGGUUUUUCUGCUUUGUCGGCUUUAGUGAGGGAUAUGAAUGAAAAAAAUUUUGAAGUUGAGUAAAGAACAAUUGGAUGUAGUUAGGGAAUCUCCCUUUGGUGACUUGUACAUAAUGUUCUUGGAAAAUGAAUACGGUGCAUCCCACUGGAACAAAACUGAUAAAGCCUUCACGAAGUUCUUGAGGUGCUUCAAAGGAGCGACAAAACAUGAAAUCAAGUUUAAGUUUGUUCGAAAUGGUGAAAAAUACAUAAUCACGUCCACGCCACAAGAGCUGGGUCUCAUUCUUGGAAUGCCAUGCAUUGAAGGGAGAAAACGUGCAACAAAAGAGGCGAUGUAUGGUGGUUGCUUUAGAGAAUCUGAAUUUUACCGUAGGAUAUUUGGUAAAGCUAAAUCUGCAACAAAGGCACUGAUACGAGAGGCAAUCUACCGAUUUGUAGAAGCUAAUGGAGCAAAUGAAAUGGAACCGUCUACUAGAAGGAGGGAUAAUGAAGACUUGGCGAUGCUUAUCGGUUUGUACAUGUGCAACACUAUCUUUUGUACAACGAAAGAUGCAAUUACAAUAAAGGAGAAGUAUCUGGUUUAGUGGAUAAUUUUGAAAGAUGUAAGGGCACACUUGAUCCAUGCACAUUUGGCCAGACGCAUCAACAAAAGUUUCAAAAACCAAAAAACAUUACUGGAUGUGUUUUUUAU